AUGAGCCCCAAAAUCGGCUCAUAUGCGGUGUCUGGAGACAUAAGUUUAUGUACAAAUGCGGAUGUACCCGUUAAGGCAAAAGUCACAUGUAACGUCACGUUGAGCGUUGAAGAGCAACAUUUACUCUCCAACGCUCUUCCAAAACACGGGCAGUAUCUGGAUACCGCCCGUGUUUUGUCUGCUUUUAUGUCCCCUACACAUAACCAGCUCGACUUCCCACUCGCCAGGGCGCGGGACGACCACCGCCAAGAUCUCGUCGCAUCAAGAUUAAACACUGCCCAGAUCUCGACGCAUCGACACACGAGAAGGACAGGUUUUGGACACUGGUUGGGCGGACACGAGCAGGGACUUACUAAUGGCACUCUGGCCGUUGAUGCACUGACCACCCCACCCCAUUUCUAUCUGCCAUCAGCUAAUGCGCUGCUUGAUGUGCGCGAGUCACUCGGCAUGUGCGCGUAUGCACAUCACCCACCAUUCGGCUCCAUCCCCAUCGCAAACAGUGCGGGUACUACCGCCGUUUUUGCCCCUCGAUCGCAUUUCCAUCGCCAACAACGUAGCCGCACAUCAAACUGCAUGCAGCUCCAUGACGAGCUAUAUUAUGAGCUCCAGCUGGAUCUUGCUUUCGUUCUCCACCUUCAAACGCCUGUGCAUCUCCCCAUAAUCCUCUUCAUCUCUCAUGUCGCUGGCCUCGGAAUCAUCGUUCCAUCCACUAUCAUAGCUGGAAUAAAGACACAAGUUAUCUGGACACAAGACCCUGCUGACUCGACUGACUUCGACCUACGCUUCGUGAAGACACGCGAAAAUGCAGAUGUCGGAUUGGCAGCCGCAAAUAUCGAGGGAGUGGGUGACUAUGGGAUUGUGGACGUCGUAUUUCCUGAACCAGGCACCUAUGUCCUGGCAGCUGUCACCGGAAGUUCACGAAAUAUCAACGUUGGGAUGAGUAAUAACGUGAACGUCGUUCCGCUCCCCGUAUCCGCAACGACGACGGUCACUACAACCAUCUUGCCGACGUUUACACCUACAGCUGCAAGUCCACUUAACCCGUACGCCUCAUUCACGUAUCCUUGCGCCUUACUAAACCUCAUCACUAGCACUGCCUCAUCUACCCCACCCCUCCCGACCUCAUCUCGCCCUCCCUCUCUGAACCCCCUCGCUUCCUUAGUAUCAAGCCACGCCCAGCGCAGAAGGCUCCUCGUCAUCAUCGGCACCAUCAUCGGAUCCUUCGUUCUCCUUGCGCUCCUCACAGCCGGGGUCAUCAUCACCUUACGUCGACGCAGAAUGAGGGCACAGGGUGAUCACUGCUUCACCUUCCGUCGAAGCAUGAUGGUCCAGCGCAGGGUUCCGCCGCUUCUCCCGUCGGCAGCCCCGAGCAUGAUCGUCACUCCCCCUGAUGAUGCUGAUGGUUCUUUGGUUGAUCCGGAGCGGGCUCUAGGUGAUUCUCAAUACGAAGAAACAACUUUGAACAGCAAUACCUCUAACCCGUUCAUCCCUCGAUCGCCGAAAGGACCCAGACCACGUCCCACAACACCCAGGGGCCCACCAGCGUCUGCUGCACCUACUGAUCGCCAAGGUCUCCUCCUCACCCGCAUCGCGCAGAUCCAAGCCCAGAUUCGAGAACUGCAGUCUUUUAGAGCGACGAGCUCAACUGAGGAAAGGCAGGCGAUUGUCAGGGUGAUCGAAAAUCUAUAUCGGCAGUUGAGGUGGUUAAGGGAGCAGGGGGAGGGGGAGUGGGCGAUGGGCAGGACGGAUGUGAGGCCGCACGGGUGGGAGAGAUAUAUGAUGUCUGAGCUAAUUGCGAAACGAUAG